CUGUGCUCCUGUCUGUGACCAGAAUUUACUAUCAACUUUCUGUUUGAAAAAGUCCCACCAAGAUGUCCUGCCAACAAAACCAGCAGCAGUGCCAGCCCCCUCCCAAGUGCCCACCCAAGUGCACCCAAAAAUGUCCUCCUAAGUGUCCCCCCAAAUGCCCACCCCAGUGCCCAGCUCCAUGUCCCCCUCCAGUCUCUUCCUGCUGUGGUCCCAGCUCUGGGGGCUGCUGUGGCUCCAGCUCUGGGGGCUGCUGCAGCUCUGGUGGUGGUGGCUGCUGUCUGAGCCACCACAGGCACCAUCUCUUCCACCGUCGCCGGCACCAGAGUGCUGAGUGCUGUGACAGUGAGCCUUCCGGAGGCUCUGGCUGCUGCCAUGGCUCUGGGGGCUGCUGCUGACCCAGGCCUUGGAUGUU